UUCGUCACUUCGCUGACCGUUUUAACAACACCCACACGCAGCACAACUCAUUCAUUUCCCUCUCUCCAACACACGAAUUCGGAAAUUCCAUUACCACAUUCACUUCUCCUCAUUUCGGUUUUUCGAGGAAUUGUUUGUAGAAUGUAUUGAACUGUGAGAGUGUUUGGUUUUGGAGGAUAACAUGGAUAUAGCUUUCAGUUUGUCAAAGUCAAAUGUGGUGUUGGAUGGUUUGGAUUCUUGCAUUGUAUUUGGAGGGAGAGGUUUUGGUUGUUCUUUUCUCGGCAACUCGAGGACUAUUUCAAAGGCUCGUUUUAGUAGGAGAAGUCCAAGAGUAGACUGCGUAGGUGAGUUGAGUGUUUCAAAUGGGAAGAGGAGUUUGUCUUGGAAGAAUAAUAAACAUUUUAGGGGAAAUAGGGAGGUUUGGUCAAAUUGUCAGGGUGAUGAUUCUUUAGCAUAUGUCAAUGGCAAUGGUCGGAAUGUUGAUAGGGUGGAAGGUGUGGGUGAGGACUCUGAUUUGAGGUCCAUUUCCGGUGCUGAAUCGAGUGUACCUUUGGGAGGAGGAGAAGAAGGGAGGAAAGAAGUUGGGGGUGAAGUAGAAGUAGAGGUACAAAAUGUGGAUGAAUUGAAAGAACUGUUGCAAAAGGCCAUGAAAGAAUUAGAAGCUGCUCGAGUUAACAGCAUUGUGUUUGAGGAAAAGGUUAAAAAGAUAUCGGAGACUGCGAUUUUUUUGCAGGAUGAAGCAGCAGGUGCUUGGAACAAUGUUACUUCUACCCUUGAUGUCAUCCAAGAUAUUGUGGGUCAAGAAUUUGUUGCCAAAGAAGCUGUUCAGAAAGCAACAAUGGCUCUUUCUCUUGCUGAGGCAAGGCUUCAAGUAGCCAUAGACUCUUUGGAGGUUACAAAAGGGGUUUACGAUUCCCCACAAGGUUCUAACAAGAGUAAUGGUGAUAAAGAUAUAAUGCAAGAGGAGAAAGAACUUUUGGUUGCUCAGGAAGAUAUCAGGGAAUGCCAGACAAAUUUAGCAAAUUGUGAGAAUGACCUGAGAUGCUUGCAAUGUAGAAAGGAGGAGUUGCAGAAUGAAGUGAACAAAUUGCAUGAACUUGCAGAACAGGCACAGAAGAAAGUAGCAAAAGCAGAAGAAGAUGUCACAAAAAUAAUGCUUUUAGCAGAGCAAGCUGUUGCCGCUGAACUUGAGGCUGCACAACGCAUGAAUGAUGCCGAGAUUGCAUUACUGAAAGCAGACAGAUCUGCCCCAAAUGUUAAUGCUGAUGCCAUAGACACUCUACAAGUACAAGAUGUUGUGGCUAUUUCUGAGGAGAAGGUGGUUCAAGGUUUUUCUGGUGAUGAUGCUGAUAAAAGAGAGAUUGACUUCUCAACUGAUGAUGAGCUGUUGCUUGCCAAGCAAUCAUCAGAAACACUAUCUGAUAACACCAGCCAAAGUUUGGAAGACUUGGCACAGUCUGAUUAUCUGAGUGAUCAUGAGAAUGGACAGUUAAGCUUAGACUCUUCUAAAGAAGCUGAAAUUGAAAUAGAAAAGUCGAAGAAUGUAGUUCAAACAAAAAAGCUGGAAACACAAAAGGAUUUUACUAGAGAUAACUCACCGUUUGCUCCUAAGGCAUUACAGAAGAAAUCUUCCCGAUUUUUUCCAGCAUCAUUCUUUUCUUUUACUACUGAUGAGACCGAUUACACACCAGAAUCACUUUUUCAUGGUAUUGUGGAGUCUGUACAGAAGCAACUACCCAAGCUGGUUUUUGGGUUAUUGUUAAUUGGAGCAGGGGUUGUGUUCUAUGCCAAUAAAACAGAGAGGAAUGCUCAGCUGCUUCAGCAGCCAGAAGUCAUUGCAACCACUGUUGAAGAAGUUUCUUCAACUACAAAGCCUCUGGUUAGACAGCUUCAGGAGCUUCCCUGGAGACUUAAGAAAAUUAUUGCAUCAUUACCUGAUCAAGAGGUGGAUGAGGAGGAAGCCUCCCUCUUUGACAUGCUCUGGUUACUACUUGCAAGUGUUGUAUUUGUACCGUUAUUUCAAAAGAUUCCUGGAGGCAGUCCUGUUCUUGGCUACUUGGCUGCUGGUAUCUUAAUUGGGCCUUAUGGUCUCUCCAUCAUUCGUCAUGUUCAUGGGACAAAAGCAAUAGCUGAGUUUGGAGUUGUUUUCCUGUUAUUCAACAUUGGCCUGGAGCUCUCUGUUGAAAGGCUUAGCUCAAUGAAGAAAUACGUCUUUGGAUUAGGCUCUACUCAGGUUUUGGUGACUGCUGUAGUUGUCGGCUUGGUGGCUCAUUAUAUUUGUGGUCAAGCUGGCCCUGCUGCUAUUGUCAUUGGGAAUGGCCUGGCAUUAUCUUCAACUGCUGUUGUUCUGCAGGUGUUACAGGAGAGAGGUGAGAGCACGUCACGGCAUGGAAGGGCUACAUUUUCUGUUUUGCUUUUUCAGGAUUUGGCUGUUGUUGUCUUGCUAAUACUCAUACCUCUUAUUUCGCCUAAUUCUUCCAAAGGAGGGGUUGGUUUUCAAGCCAUUGCUGAAGCUCUUGGUCUGGCUGCUGUUAAGGCAGUGGUUGCCAUCACUGCCAUAAUUGCAGGUGGACGGUUGCUGCUUCGACCCAUAUAUAAGCAGAUUGCAGAGAAUCAAAAUGCAGAAAUAUUUUCUGCUAAUACACUCUUUGUUAUUCUUGGGACUAGCCUUCUAACAGCCAGGGCUGGACUUUCCAUGGCAUUAGGGGCUUUUUUGGCUGGUUUACUACUGGCAGAAACUGAGUUUUCCUUACAGGUUGAAUCCGAUAUUGCUCCAUAUCGUGGCCUUCUACUGGGUCUCUUCUUUAUGACGGUAGGAAUGUCAAUUGAUCCAAAACUUCUUGUUUCAAACUUUCCAGUCAUUACAGGGGCUCUGGGACUCUUGAUAUGCGGCAAGACUUUGUUGGUUUCUUUAAUUGGCAGAAUGUUUGGUAUUUCUCUCAUUUCUGCCAUUAGAGUGGGUCUUCUUCUUGCUCCUGGGGGAGAAUUUGCAUUUGUGGCUUUUGGUGAAGCUGUUAAUCAGGGCAUAAUGUCUUCCCAGAUGUCCUCUUUACUGUUUCUCGUUGUGGGAAUUUCAAUGGCCCUCACUCCAUGGCUAGCUGCAGGAGGACAGCUUCUUGCUUCCCGUUUUGAGCUGCAUGAUGUUAGAAGUUUAUUACCUGUAGAAAGUGAGACAGAUGAUCUGCAAAAUCAUAUUAUUAUUUGUGGAUUUGGGCGAGUUGGGCAGAUCAUUGCACAACUUCUUUCUGAGCAACUUAUCCCUUUUGUUGCAUUAGACGUGAGAAGUGAUAGAGUCACAGUUGGGCGUUCCCUGGAUCUCCCUGUGUACUUUGGAGAUGCUGGUAGUCGAGAGGUCCUACAUAAGGUUGGGGCCGAAAGGGCAAGUGCUGCUGCAGUAACCCUAGAUUCCCCGGGUGCAAAUUAUAGAACAGUUUGGGCUCUGAGCAAGCACUUCCCAAACGUGAAGACUUUUGUUCGUGCUCACGAUGUUGAUCAUGGAUUGAAUUUAGAAAAGGCUGGAGCUACCGCUGUUGUCCCAGAGACCUUGGAACCAAGUCUACAACUAGCAGCUGCCGUGCUUGCUCAGGCUAAACUUCCUACAUCGGAGAUUGCAGCAACUAUAAAUGAAUUCAGAUCUCGCCAUCUGUCUGAGCUCACUGAACUAUCCGAAUCAAAUGGAAAUUCUUUUGGAUAUGGAUAUAAUAGAAUUACGAGCAAACCCAAAUCUCAAUCCCCAGAUUCAUCAGAUGAUACUCAAGUCUCUGAAGGGAAACUGGCGACAUGAAGAUGACCCCCCCAUAUAUACAAAGAGGAAGGUAGAAACAAACAGAAAAGCUCGGAUAAGUUACGACAGUUAAAAAUUGUAUAGCAGCAGAGUAGAUGUUCUAUCAUUGUACAGAAAUAUAUCUGCACCGAAAUUUUGAUUAAUCAUCCUUUCUCAAAUUUCUCCUGAGGAUGAUGUCCCUGUUGUAUGUUUCAUAUUCUUUGGCUUUUGAAAAGCGUGUAUAACAUGGCAUCUCAUUUCCACUGUUUAUCUACUAUCAUAAGGUUAUAUAAAUAUUGGUGUUAUUCCUUGA